AUGGCUAAUGCGUUUGGUGAGUCAUACGUGAAACUUCCGCCGAUAACCGGAGAAAAUGCGGUUGAAAUCGAUGGCGAAAAUUCGAAACGAAUUUCCAGUGGUGUCGGACGAGACCAACACGGUCUAGUCAGAUUACCUCCAAUCGUUCGUCUUGAUUCGCUUCGAUCUGCGUCGUCAACUGCACAGGUUUUUGCGAACGCACCAGGCGAAAACAAGACACAGAUGUCAACACAAGGAACAAAUUUGAAAUUUUCCCCUAAAAUGGACGUUUUACGGAGGCAAAGCGCAAAACAGUUAAGAAAACACAAGACUGAAAAGCCCGAAGACGAGAAGAAAUUAAUAUCGUCGGUAGCUGUCAAGGAAACGGACGAGAUGGACACAAACGUGUUCGACAGUGUAGAUUGGUCAUACCACCAUGAAAAAGCGAGUCUUUUUAAGCCGAAAGAAAGAUCAAGAGGUAAUUAUGAGGCCCUGGCUCCAUCGAAAGACUCGCUAACAAGUCGCAGGGGAAGCGCCUCGGUUAUAAAAGACUCAGCGGCGAAAUUAUCGAGGUCACGCAGACUGGCAAAAUCUUCACCUGAACUAUGUUACCGAAAGAUCAAUUUGAAAUCUCGUGCAAGUGGAAACGUCAAUGAUGACAACGUUACAUCCCCUUCCACUGCUCUGUCGGCUGAUAGUUACUGGCAUCGACCACAAGCUCGCCUCUCUAUUCAUGACAUUGACGGCUCUGUACUCAGCCAUUUACAAAGCACCCUGAAAUCAAACGAAAAGAGGACAAAACGCAAAAAACCCGUUCGCUCCCAAACGGAAGGCAACUCAAGUUACCAACCGCUAAGCACCCCUAAUUCGCCUGUUUGCAGUGAAUCUGCUAAUAACGAACGCAAAGAAAAAGGCAGAAGGUCCCUGAACGACAUCACAGAAGCAGUUAAACAGUUUGUAGAUCGAAGAAGGCCUUCUAUUUCCCUGCCUAGGAAACAAAACUUGGUCGAAGAAACCGUGAAGCUUAAAAUUGAAGGAAAAAGUUGCCCCCAAGCUGAAACCACGGCUGGUGACCGCACACCCACAUUUUCCAUUGUUGCAUCACCUCGCUUACAAGCAUCGCAAAACAAAGAGAAGAGGGCAUCGCUGUACGAUUUACAGCAAAUUCUAGGGUUACUUCAGAAAGAUGAUGUCAAGCACCAGUCUUCGUCAACUUCUUUGUCGCCUGAAGUUGAACAUGCUCAAAGUGGGAGAAGUAGUCAAUCUAGAAACGCUUCUGUUUACGAUUUAAAAGAGUUUCUAAAGUUAACAGUAGCUGCAGGCGAGACGUCAACUGAAAAGGAAAUGAAGAAGCAAUCAGGAAAUAAAGCAAGAGAAAUCAAAACACCAGAAAACACUACAUCGCCGGUUUUUCUGUCUCCUAAACAAGAAAUGGGACAGCGUCAUGUCGAUGACGCAAGAAAAGGAUCUGUAUACGAUUUAAAGGAAUUUUUAUCACUUGGAAACGCUGUGGAUUCCAACUCUCUGUCAACGAGUGAAAACUCAAGCAGAUCAACUUCACCGCAAAUCGUAUUUUCUCCGCUCAAUUCAAAACAGCUACUCUCUUUUACCAAGCCCACUGAAGCACGUCGAUCUUCCACAUACGAUCUUAUGGAGUUCUUAUCUCUCCCACAGUCUGGAGGGAUAUCGCGUCCUCAAUCAGGACAGAGCUAUUCUUCCUCGCAAGGAGAUAAUGCCAAAUCUGACAAUCGAGAAUUGAACGUAACCGAAACCGACCGAGAUGGCAGAGAGGCGAGGAGUCUGUCAGUGUACGACCUCGCUGAAUAUCUAGCGAUGACAUCUGGGGUGCCUCCUCUUGUUCGAGUCAUAAGUUCGACAGAGGAUCAAACUGAAAAAACUAACUCAAAAUCUUUGGGUGCAAGUGGAGUCGACAAUGGAAACAAAUACAAAAGGGAGUCAGUGUAUGACUUACGGGAAAUGCUGAAGUAUUACGUUGUUCUUGUACUCCGUUUUGCGCUUAGCUGAGUGUUAAACGGUCUCUAAAAUCGAAUAAAAGUAGCCCUCCGAUCGAGUUUUCUUGGCCUCGUGGUUUCAAGAUGGGUGGGACUUUUGAGGGACGAAGAUAAAACAGGGCCAUUGUUAGUGAACUCCUCUUCUCCGAGCCCUGGUGCUAGCGUCAGCAGUGGUUAUUCUAGCGAUUCACCAUCGUCUGGUGUUCAACAAACAGAUUCUAAGGGCGUGGAGGUCAACCAUAACACAAGUCCUCGUCAGAUGUCCGUAUAUGAUCUUAAAGAGUUCCUUUCUCUAUAUGCCUCGCAAAAGAACACGCCAAACCAUCAGCUUCUGCCUGCGUUUAGAAGGAAAUUUUCUAACAUAUCGCAAAGCGGGAUUAGCAUCCAUGUAACGGACGAAUGGAACAGAAGUCUCGACCUCGAAACUGACGAUGUUUUUCUUCCUGUUCCUGCUAAGGUAGAGGCCAAGUCGCCGGAAACCAAAAGAAGCUCUGUGUACGACUUACGCGAGUUUCUAGAUUUAUUAAACGCGGACGAAUCGCCUUUGAGAAGAAGGUUAUCAAGUGUUUCAUCAGCUUCGACUAAAUCCAGUGAAAGUGAACCAGAGUCAUUUCAACCAGAGCAAGAAACGCCGGACGCAAACUCGCCAAACCAAAACCCAGCAUCUCCGCGACCUGGACUCUCGCCGCGUCAGGAUUCGGGUGGAAACGUCUCUCUUUACGACCUCGGAGAAUUUCUUUCGAUUCUUAAUACCGACGAAUCUCCGCUAAGACGCCGACUAUCGAGUGCAAGGGACUUUGCAACACAAGACGAUUCGAGCAAUCAAGCCGAGGAUUUCGAAAAAACUCCGCUGUAUAGCCUGGGAGAAAUUUUAUCGGUUUUGAACGAUUUUGAACAGAAAAAAGUAAAUGAAAACGCCGCUGAUGAACGUCGACUUGGAUCUGAAGAUGAAAUCAGUAUUACUGUUCCAUUGUUGCCCCAGAAAAAAGAGAAAACAAGCGUGCAAACGUUAGCGACGAGAAAGUGUUUAUUAACCUCGCCGCAGAAAUCGCUUUCAAGCGUUCGCGAAACGUCUGAAUGA